UCCGAUCAGCUCUCUCCGGCGGCUCCGCCGGCGCCGGGCGAUUGAUGGAGGCGGAGGUGGCGGCGCUGUCGCAGCUGCAGCUGCAGCUUGUCUCUCUCGUCUCCGAGCACCGGCUCCUCCGCGAGCGUGAGCGUGCCGCGCGCGAGGAGCUCCACUCCUCCGUUCAGAGGUGGAAGGAGACGGAGGAAGGGCACCGGCGGGAGGCGCGGGAGCUGCGCGCCGAGGUGGCGGCGCGUGACGACGCGCUCCGGAGCCUCGAGUCCAGGAUAAAAUGCCUUGAAACUGAGAACGAGCAGCUGGAGAGAAACGAAAAGGAGUUGAAACAUAACAUGGAGGGGCUGCUUCAAUCAAAGGAGGCUUUCAUAAAACAUUACGAGGACUCUGCUUGUUCUUUGCGAUGGACCAUCCAGAUGAAGGAUAAACAGAUUGCUGUAAUUUCAGAAAAGCUGAAUGCUCAUAUGGCUUUAUUUGGUUCAGUAGGAAAGGAAGUCACUGCGGUGAAACAAGUACUCGGUGAUGUGAAAUGUCUAGUUAGUGACAAGGAAAAUGUAGCUUCUGACUUGAAGGGUAAGGUAGAGAAGAUUUCUGUUCUUGAGAAAGAUUUUGUUGAAAAACUUAGUUUCUUAGAAGAAAAAAUAAGUAAAUACCAGCUUGAACUCCGGAAUAGGGCGAGGAUGAUAUAUGAAUUGAGGGAACAUCUUGAGGCUGAGAAACUCAACAAUAAAUUUCAGCCUCAACUAGAAGAACUUAGGAAAUCUUUAUUGGUGAAGGAUGAGAUUAUUGAGAGACUGACUUCAGAGAAGCAGGCAAUGCAUAUGGAGCUUCACAACAUGGAGAUUGCUUUACGGAAAUUUCAAGACAUAUUCACGAGUAUGGGGGAUGAGGUAAUGGUAAGAGGUCCACCUGUUUCUAAUAGUCAGGAUAUACAAGAUGUGAAUAAAGAGCAACUAGAAAGCAUUCCAGGCAGUCAGUGUGAACCACCUAAUGAGCAUACCAUGACAACUGUUGUUGAUGAAGCAGAAUCUAAGUCGGAAAUGGACCCAGGCAGCAAGCAAGCACAAAGCCAAUCAUCCCUUAUGCAUUCUGCCUUGCCACCCCCAGAGCCAGUAAAUGCAAAUGCCGAAACAGAUGAAUGCCUUCGUGGAUCGGAAGAUAUUGACAUGGAUAAUUCGUCCCCGGCACAGCGAACCGAUUCUGUGAACCCAAACCUUGAGUCAGAAGACAAGCCCUGAGUUACAUCUAUGUUUCCUUUUAGCGGCGCUGUAUCAUCAAUGCCAGUGCCAAGCAUUGCAGCUCAUGACCCAUGCUCAGUGCUCAGAACCGAUUCCUUGUAUGUAUAGCAUGUUACUCCAGUUAGCCUGUAGAGAUCAAGACGAUACAGUGCUGCAUUUAUUUCUCUCUCUCUUUUUUAUUAUUUUCGACUUCAAAUGUGUGCUAUCUAGAGUAGUAGCUAGUCAUGGAUAGUUGGGGCACGCAAGAAUCACGGUACUGUGUAUUCCUUUGAAGUUAAUGUAAAUGUGUGUUGUGAUGUCUCUUUAGCAACAUGGCAAUGUGAUGAAUCCUGUGGACGAUUUCAGUCUAAGACUUGUGGGGUGAUUUUUUGGCUCUCUUGU